AUGGUGAAAUGGACCAAGUAUCUCGACUUCACUCCCCAUUUCAUACAGCGCGCAUGUGAUUGACGGACGAUACAUAGACUCUUCGACGGCAACAAGUCCAACCGGCCUGGACUCCACGAUGAGCUCGCCCACCUUCUCCCGAGCAACCGCGACGAACAGAUCACCUCAGCUAUACCCGCGAAGCAAGUCACGUACACAGCCCUCCGCCUGAAAUACCAGCUCGAGCAAGUCAUUCCUUGCGAACUGCCCGAAGACCGCAUCACCAAGCCGCACAGCGAUGUUCUCGACGAUGCUGUCAUCCAGACGGCCAAGACCGCCGGCAAGGUCUCGGGCUCGAAUGAAGACCACAGCGCCUGCGUGGUGUUCUGCUUGCUGAUUGUUCAGCAUUGGUUCAAACGUCAGGCCCUACUGGAGUUGUGGGACGCCGAUCUGCACCAGCUGAGAGCCACGGCUUGCGAAGUCCUGGCCAAGCACCUGAUAGAGGAGGAAGAGGACAAUCACUACCUCAUGCAAGAGGUGCUGUUGAAGAGAUACAGUAUCUUCGUCGAUGGGGAGGACACCAAGUCGGCCAACGCCAUAGAGAAGGCAGUGGACCUGCAUGCCGUCCGUGUGAUUGGCAGCUCCGGGUAUCAAAAGUGUAUCAAUCACCUCUGGCGCGGCUGGCUGGUCCAAGAUGAGGAUGACCCGAACAGAUUCGUCGACUACAAGCUCAAGACUUCCACGAACUAUUGGGAUCACUUUGACCCCGACCGAAUGCGCGUGCCGCAAUACCAGAACUUGUUGCAAAUCAUGUUCAGUCUGAUCUUCCUGGGACUGUACACGGGCGCGAUCAACACUAUCAACCCUGGAGGUGAGCUUGAUGUGGUCGAGGGAUUACUCUACAUCUUCACUCUUGGUUUCAUCUGUGACGAGAUGUCCAAAUUUAUCAAGAUUGGUCGAUUCUACUUCGGUACGUGGAUUGAUGAUGCAGAGCGCGAGUCUUAUGUGUGCCGCAAUCCUAACGAUCACAGGCUUCUGGAACAUUUUCAACUCGACGCUGUACACUUUGCUUACCGUCUCGUUCGUGUUGCGAUGCGUUGCGCUCGCGCACCCGUGGGGCAACGAAACGCGUACUGCGUUGAAUACCCAGAGUUACAACUUCCUGGCCUUCUCAGCACCCAUGUUCUGGAUGCGGUUGCUCUUGUAUCUGGACAGUGUCCGCUUCUUCGGCGCCAUGCUGGUCGUUCUGAAGGUGAUGAUGAAGGAGUCGCUGAUCUUCUUCGCACUACUCAUUGUGGUCUUAAUCGGCUUUUUCCAAGGGUUCAUCGGCAUGGAUCAAGUGGAUGAGCAAAUCACGGCUGCGAACUUCAUCAUCAAAGCCAUGCUCACUGCAAUCUUGGGUGACCCGGACUUCGAUAACUGGGACAACUUCCAGCCCCCAUUUGGUUUGAUUCUUUACUACAUCUACAACUUCGUUAUUAUCGUCAUCUUGUUGAACGUGCUGAUUGCGCUCUACAACUCGGCGUACGAAGACAUUUACGACAAUGCAACCGACGAGUACCUCGCCCUGUUUGCGGCGAAGACGAUGCAAUUUGUACGAGCACCGGAUGAGAACGUUUUCAUUGCGCCCUUCAACCUGAUCGAGAUAUUCUUGCUCAUCAUCCCCUUCGAGUGGUGGAUGCCGAAAGCGCAGUAUGAGAAGCUCAACGACAUCGUGAUGGGAUUCAUAUACUCGCCUCUCCUCUGCGUUACUGCUCUACUGGAGACGAGAACGGCGAGGAAAGUGCGUUUCAACCGCAGCCGCCGGGAAGAAGACGACGAUACUAUCGAGGACUGGGAGCAACUGGAAGGCGAGCUGGACGUGGAGGGAACCGGCUGGAGCAAGCGCGUGAAAGAGAGCAGCCCGAACGUCGUGAAAGACGCGAACAUGGUGGAGUUCAAGAAGCUCAAGGAUGAAAUCGCCGAGCUCAAACAGAUGAUCCGCGAGAUGACGCCGCAACCUUCGGGUACUAAUGGGACCACCAAUGGUCGUACCUGA